CCAGAGCGCGCGUGCGCAGCUGGGAUCCCAGUUUUCUCCCCAACCUUAGGCCCGCCCCGCAGCGCUUCCUUGAGCGUCCACCGCCCUUUGUCAUUUGGUCUGGACUCGGCAGAUUAGAUGCAUACAGGCGAGCAUCCAGGAGACAAAUGGAAGUUCUCAAAGGGACAGGGCUCCGUCGGGACUGAAAGGCAGGAGUCACACCAGCAACUGUCUUUUGAGUCUUCCGAUGGCCUUUAGGGAACUUUCACGUACAUUAUUUCAUUUGAAACUUUAGGCUGUGAAUUCCUCUACACGGAUUUCGAGUACAUCGUUAGCAUUAGGUCUAAGCCUAUAUUGUGGACCUCCAAUAAGUAUGAAAGGAGGGAGUGAAAUCAAUGAACAAUGUUGGUAGGCGUCUACAUUUUUCUAAUGUGUAAACUAAGGCUUAGGUCUGUGUCUUGGCUGAGCAGCUACUAUGUGAGACUGGUGUUACGUGGGUGAUAAAAGAAUUUAUUGAUAGUUUUAGGUAAAGAAAUGCAGAUUUAUUUGAGAAGGUAUGAAAAUACGUUGAAAGGUUGCAAUGGACAGACCAGCCAGAGAGGAGCUGAUUUCAGGGAAACAAAGGCUUGGUGGAGAUUUUAUAGGAUUGUUCUUGGGCUGCAGGGUGCUGUGCAGUACUGAUAACUCCAAGGUUGCAGAGAGCUAACUUGCAGGUGUCUCAUGAUAGCUCGGUGCAGGAAGAUUGUGAAUUAUUUGCACAAGAGGGCUAUGUGUCCUGCAUCAUGAAGAAAGGCAGACUUAUAGUGCAUCUGCUCUUUUUGCUUUCCCUUGGUCCCACUAGCCUGACUCUCUUCUUCUCAUUAGGACUCCGCAGUAUGUAAAAUGACCAUCUAGAACUGCCUAGCAGAAACUGGAGCCUCUGUUGCCUGCCACCUGCUCUAUGUUUUUAUAAUUGUAGUAGUGUUGUAUUAUUACCUGUCUGACGUUAGAGUUGGUGAUUGAGAGGAUAAGGAACUGAAUACUAUUAACAAACAUUUAUUGAGCACUUAAGUGCAGCACACUGUGUCAAAACUUUACAUACAUUGUUUCAUUUAAUUCUUACAACUCCACAAGGCAUGUGGCAAUAUUAUUUCUAUUUUACAGAGCAGGAAACAGGCUCAGGGAGGUGCAGUGACUCCUCUAUCAGAUUUCAUAGGUAAAGGUAGAAUGCUGUUCUGUCUGACUCCAGUGCUUGCAGGCAUAACCCAUAUGUAUACUGCGUCCAGCAUAUUUUCUAAUAUCGUGACGUUAAUAAUACCUUACAUUUAUAUAGACCUUUUCAACGUAUACAGUGCUAAUCUCACAAUUUACGUCAUGCUUUACCAAUAGCACCUAAGUCAUUUGUUGUUCACCAAGCAAUAGCCUGGCACUAAUUUAAUUUCAUAGGUGGCUUCUGCUCCUAGGAGAAAAUAUAUUACCAGCCAACCGAUUAGCAGUUAUUUCUUUAGGUUAAUGAAUUCGUUGGCUUUCUAGUUUAUAAACUAGUCUCUGCGGAGUUUAAAUUCCCUUUUCUGGACUAUGCUGUUAAAAUGAAGUCCCAGAGCCUGCAGGUACAGAAAGGCUGCAGACUUGCGCUAACUCCACAUAAAACAGACACUUUUUUUUUUGAGACGGAGUUUCGCUCUUGUUACCCAGGCUGGAGUGCAAUGGCGCGAUCUCAGCUCACCACAACCUCCGCCUCCUGGGUUCAGGCAAUUCUCCUGCCUCAGCCUCCUGAGUAGCUGGGAUUACAGGCACACGCCACCAUGCCCAGUUCAUUUUUUGUAUUUUUAGUAGAGACGGGGUUUCACCAUGUUGACCAGGAUGGUCUCGAUCCGCCUCAGCCUCCCAAAGUGCUGGGAUUUCAGGCGUGAGCCACUGCGCCCAGCCCAAAACAGACACUUUUUAGAGCACUGAUUUUGAAUAAUUCAGUGGCCAAUUAUCUUGUCCCUGCUGCAUACCAGGUACUGGGGAGGGAACUAGCAAUGAAUGAGAUACUUUCCGUCCUCAAAGGCUCAGAGUCUGGGCAGUGUUUCUCAAGUGUGGUCCUGGGUCACCUGCACAAUAAUUACUUGAGGGAUAUAUAAAUGUAGAUUCAAGGCUCUGCCCAAGACCCAAAUUGGAAUGUCUGGGGUGGGGUCCAAGAAUCUAAAUUUCAAACAAGCUCCCAGGUGAAUCUUAUGCAUACUAAAUUGGAAAAGUACUGCUUUUUGAUAAUCACUUGUUUAAUUUUCUGUCUUUGACCUUGGAACUGGGCAUGGUGGGCCUUAUCUCUGAUCCCUUUUGACCAUUGAUAACACUGCCUGGCAGGAUAUCAGAUAUUUUGUGCCCAGGGUGCCAUAGAAUAUGGAGUCGCUUGUGGCAGAAAACGGAAACAUUCUCUUGCCAUGUCUCUCUCUCUACGUUCAAGGGAACUGGAUUCUAUUCUUUAUAACUCCAGUUCCACAAAACCCUAUCUGCCAGACUCUGAAAUCAGACUUGACUUUGGCGAUCUGUGUUCCAGUGCCAACUCCAGUUCCCAGGCCCAGGCUCUCCCCUAAUCUUUUUAUUAAUGACUAUAUAAUUAAUGCAUGAAUAUAUUAUUUGUCUUCCUCUGACAAACAUGGUCGUGUGGAAGAGUUAACAGUCUAUGGAGUAACUUUUCACCAGUCUAGGGUGUGAGCCUGUAAAUAAAUGUUCCCUCUUCCUUCUCUCAGGCCCAUUCUCCAUGGUUCCUUAAAGGGUUCUGGCAGGAUUGAGUCCUAGUUAGGCACAAUGGUGAUCAGCUUGAUAAUGUAGCCUUGUGUUGCUUUCACUCUUCCUAGCCCUGAACUCACUCUCAUUCACUUCUCAAUGCUGGCUUCCUGCCGGCAAGCUCUCAUUUCGAGUUCUGCUUUCUAGGGGGAGCCCAGGCUAAUACAGAGACCCUAAAGUUAAACUGGCAAAUCAAAGGGUAACCAUAUUUAAUAAACACUGGCAAUGAGCCCUUGUGAAAUGCCAGACCAAUUUACAGUCUCACCAUAAGUGUAUGAGAUAUCCAUUUCCCACUGUUUUGCCUACUUGGAAUAUUAUCAAAUUUGAGUGGAUAGUUUUGGCACUUUCCAGCUAUGUGAGCUUGUAAAAGCCACUUACACCUCUGAGUCUUGUUUCAAGACACAUAGAAUGAGAAGAAUAAUCCCUGGCUUGGUGAAAAUAAAAAAUCAUCCAGGCUGUGAAAGCACUUUGUGAGCUAUGAAGUACUAAGCACAUGGAAGCAAUGGUUCCUAAAUAUCCCAAGGAUGAAAAACCCAAACCGGUUUUCAUUUUUAUAAAGAGUCCUUCAGAGUAAAUCCAUGAAAAUAAUGGAAAAAGCUGGGAGUUAGUCAGACUUUGGUCAAAUGAGGUCUUGUGAAGGGAACUGAAUCUGGGCUUUGACCUCAAAGACUCAGGGUUUUCUACAGCUUUGGAAUCCUGGAGAACUGCUGUCACCAAUGCUGGCCACCUGCCCUGGCUACGUUCCUCACUUGUGCUUUGCUGCUUGAAAACUAUAUUAAUAACAGGUUUUGCUGUGUUGAAUCUAUCUGCAGGCUAAUCUAAAAGUCAUAGUAAGUGAACAGAGGGGGAAGAAAAAGAAGCCCUUGUUUCAUCAACAUCCAUACUAGUCCCUGUGGGGGCUCUGCCCAAGGAAUGUGGUGGUGGCAGGGCUAAAGCUCAUUUCCCAAGCGUAAACAUGGCAAAAGGCUGCUGGCCUGUUUUCAUUCUGGGAAAUAUUUUGAAUAGUUUUUGUUUUUGAAUGGAAAUGAAUUUUGAACUUUUUUUUUUUUCUUGAGACAAGGUCUUGCUCUGUUGCCCAGGCUGGAGUGCAGUGGCUAUUAGAGUUUACUGCAACCUGAACUUCCUGGGCUCAAAUGAUCCUCCACCUCAGCCUCCUAAGUAGCUAGGACUACAGACACAUGCCACCAUGCUUAGCUUAUUUUUAAUAUUUUUGUAGAGGUGGGGUUCUUGCUAUAUUGCCCAGGCUGGUCUCCAAUUCCUGGGCUCAAGCAAUUCUCCCCAAAUUUGGCAUCCCAAAGUGUUGGGAUUACAGGUGUGAGCCAUUGUGCCUAACCAUGUUCGAUCUAUGAUUUUUUUUUUUUUUAACAGAGAUUAUUUUUUUCCCAUAUACCUGGCUCCUGCAGUAGCUCUACCCUUACCCACACCAAACUGCCUCAGCCAAACACCUGGGAACUUCCUUGGUGGCUUCUUCCUUUGAUUUUACCACCUGAAUAGCUCUAACACAUACCUCUCUAUUCCACUCGUCUCUUUUUCUUCUGCAUGUUUAUCCUCACUCACCUCUGGGCAUGCACAGUGAACAAGGGGCUAUAACUCUCAGUGAAAUGAGGGUGAAAUCAUGAAACAGUAAAGCCAGAAGUGACCUUAGAGAUUAACUAAUCCACUCCCCUUAUUUUAAGACAGAAGGAGAUGAAGCUAGGGUUUGAACUGAGGGCUUGGUUCCAAGUUUCCUGCUUUUACAUUUGGCUGGCAAAGAAAAAAUUAUUCAAAGAUACUUGUUAAAGCACAGGAAGAAAGACUUUAUUCAGGACCAUUGUGAUAAGUAUAGGGACUACUACAGUGGGGUCUUGCAGUAGAGGAGAGAGAUUGGGCUCGACUCCCAAUAUAGCAUGGGCCAGUGGGAAUGUAUAGCCAAGGAGCAGGGUGGGGUCACUGGAAGGAAAAUUGCUAAGAGCAAACAUCAGGAGUAAGGGGGAUUCUGGCUAAACUCGCCUAACGGGAUUCUUGCUGAGGACAGGCCAGGGUAAUCAGAUAGCACCUGGGGGAUGGUAGAGGUUGAGGAACCCAGUCAUGCGGGGUUCUCAGUAAAGUGACUUAGAGUUCUUUGCCAAAACCAUUUUUUUUAUGAGGAAGUGCACAGAUAGGGCUACAGAAGAUUCAGAAGCCUGACUAAAAUUUGGCCAAGCAAAGAAUGUUCUCACCUUCCCUCUUGCACAAUUCACCACCCAACCCCAAGACUUGCUUCUUGGAGAGCACCAGUGUAUUGCUCACUGAAUUGAGCAGAAUGGAAUUGAAGACGGACUUCCUGCCCUAACUCAGUGCCUGGCACAGAGCAAGCCCUCGCAAGCUGCCAUUUUGUGAGCAAUCCCACAGCAAGUCCCGUGCAGCAGGAAACUGAAGCCUCUGGCCCACCGCUGGUGAGGACCAAGGCCUGCCAGUAACCAGCAAGUGAGCUCAGAGGUGGAUUCUCCAGCUCCACUUGAGUAUGGAGAUGGUUACAGACCCAGAUGACAGCCUGACUGCAAACUUGUGAGAGACCCUGAGCUAGAACCAGCCAGAGUGAAGCAACAUGGAUGCAGUCAGCCAAGUCCCCAUGGAAGUCGUGCUUCCCAAGCACAUCCUGGAUAUCUGGGUUAUUGUCCUCAUCAUCCUAGCCACCAUUGUCAUCAUGACCUCCUUGUUGCUAUGCCCAGCCACUGCAGUCAUCAUCUAUCGCAUGCGGACUCAUCCUAUUCUCAAUGGGGCUGUUUGAGAGCCUCCCAAGAGGGCCGGGUGAGGGAUGAGGACAGGCAUCCUGUCCCGAGCCUCUUCCUGUCUUCAGAAAAGCAACAGGAGGGACUUUGGGGCAUGGACCUGAGUUCUGGUUUUGAUUCUGCCAUGAGCCAGCUAUGUGAAUUUGGUCAAGGGACCUAACUCUCUGAGUUCCAGCUUCCUUGUCUUUCAAAUGGGGAUGGUGAUCCCUGCCCUUCCUACCUCAUAGGGGUGUGAGAACCACCUGACUUAGUGGACAUGAAAGCUAUGUGAGCAGUAAAACUACCACACAUAUAAAGAUGCUAUGCUGAAUGCUGAGAAGCUUUGAAGAACCAGAGAAACUGAUUGUUGAUGAUGGCUUUAAAGGUGGUGAGGGAGAUAUUGGGGGCAGCGUAGACUUUGCCAGUGCCCCUCAGGUCAAACCAAACCAAGCAAGCACCCUGUCCCCAUCCCAAGGGGCCAGCAGCACUUUGGCUCAAAGUUAUUUUCUUUAAGGUGCCAUUCCUACAUGUUUUCUGUUUGGAGGAAGAUGGGUAGGGCUUUCCAGAAGCUUCUUUAUGCCAGAAUCUCUGCCCUUGUGUAAUCUGAAGGAUGACUGUGCCAUCUUUGGGCACUGCCAAGGGAGUUGGGGUGAUGGGCUUCUUUCUGCAUUGGAGUCUCACAUCUGUUAGCUUUGACACUGAAGCAAUGUUGGAAUAUGCAGGGUGGCAGAGUUCCCUGCCCAGCUUUUGGGGUCUCUGGCCCCCAUCCCCUUUGGCGUGUCCCUCUGUCCAGCUCCUGCUGUAAUUAGCUCCAUGUGUACCCCCUUCGCUCCCUCCUACCAGCACUGCAGCCGGCCUAAGGCAAUUGUAUUUUAAGAGAUGUUCCCAGGACUUUUGGGACUUACUAAAACAAUGAUGGCUAUUUUAGAUGUGAUAAUUUAUAUUUAUGUAGAGAUAUUUCUGGACCACUCAAGCUCUUCAAUACCAAUAUUAGGAGCAUCUUGCAAUUUAUUAAAUUAUGUAAGAAGAUAGCACAAAUAUGAGGAUAUUAUUGUGUGAAAAUGAUGCUUUUACUUUGAUGUGAUCUCAUUGAUGUACACAAUCAAUUUCCAAUAAAGUGCUAGAAUGCGCA